AUGGCAAACUUACUCAUGGAUCAACACGGCGGCUUAACAGCGAGCAUGGUGGCAACUUGUUCUCUGUGGGCAACCAACACGGUGAAAUGGGUGACACAUCUAAUUGUUGAUUUAUUAUUACAUGGCGAACGCCAUCUUGUUGGACCUACGACGAUGCGGUCAAAUAUCGCGCUCUUUUCGUUUAAGAGUGCGCUGUCUUCAACGCGGCCCAUCGACAAUUCAUUGGUAGCAAGACAAGGUCAUGAAUGCUGUCGAGCUGUUCGAGGUCCUCUCAUGGCAGCAUUCUACGCUACUUCGGCCGGGGCGGAUCGACGAUCAACGCGGACCGCUACAAAUCCAGCGGUUUGGGGCCAGGAUUGUCACCAACUGUCCGUCGAGUUUGUGCCCGGCGUUUUGAAGCGUCGUGCGAUAAGUGACUGUGUCAACGACUUGUUGAAUCGCCAGGUCGUGAAGAACGAGUGCUUGGGGCCUGUGACCACGUGCGGCCAACUUCAAAAAUGA